AUGUACGAAAGAUUCUUAAAACCAUUAAUUAAACAGAUUAGAAAAUCGAAAUCGUUCAAAACGUCAUCUCCCGAAACCAUCAACGUCCCUCUAACUCCUGAAAUCGCACUUUCAUUUCACAAUGACACCCAGCCUAAUUUAUCACCGAUCCAAUUGAUGCCAGUUGAAAUCUUGGUUAUGAUUUGUUAUUAUUCAACACCACAAGAUUUAUAUUCCCUUUGUUCAGUAUGUAAAUAUUUUAGGACGAUAUUAUGGUCGAAAUCACCAAAGACACAAGUCAUCUGGGAACGGAUUAGGAUCUUGAAUCAAAGGGAUUGUCAUCAUUAUUUAUCCCCACCAAAGAACAUGACAGAGCAAGAAUAUAUUUGGAGAACCACAAUGGCAAAUAAAUACCAUUGUCAAUUUUGUCUUUUACCCAUUAAUAUGAUUUAUUAUGACCUUUAUACUACAAAUAUAAUUUGCUGUGAAGAAUGUAUUCAUAGUCGGAAAUAUGGUAUAAUUAAACAUAAGUAUGAUAAAUAUAAAAGGUUACCAAAGAAAUUUGAGGAAUCUAUCAUACCGACGAGGCAUUUUAACUUGAAUCCAAAUUAUUAUAAAUUAUAUUGGUUAAAAGAUAUCGAAAAUUUUAAGGCAAAGUAUUACUCUUUAAAGAAGAAGGAGAGAAAGGGAUGGUUACAAGAGAGGAGAAGGGAGGUCAAAUUGUAUUUAAAAAACAUUGACAAGUACAUUAAACAGGAUGAGUUACGUUUAAGAAGUUCUCAUUGUCAUUGA